AUGUAUGGCCACAUCCAUGUGAUCCUGAAGGACUUGGUCAUCUCUGAGUUUGGCGAAGAACAAUGGAAGAUGGUCCUGCAUGCCUCCGGUUGCGCAGAUUUGGAUGUCUUAGAUUCUGUGCCGUAUCCAGAUGCAGUGACCUUUAGCCUCAUCACCAGCCUUUGUAUGAUCAGUGCUUGGUCUCCAGAAGAAGCCGUGGAAAAGCUGGGGCACCACCUCAUCGUUUUCUCCUUGCGCUCGGGGCCUCGCGCUCGCGGGAGGCCUGAACAGAAUGGUACAAACAACAAACCUCGUUUCCACGAGGUGUGCUGUCAUCAUGACACGUGCACCGCUCAGACUCGCUUGCCGUGCUCCGCUCAGAAGGGCAUCCUGUCCGUGGUCUCGGUCGGCAGGAUUGGUUCGAUGUGGAAGUGA